AUGGAAGUGGCAGGGCGGGUGGAGGAGUAUAUGGAAGCUCUGUUCUACAUGCUCAAUUUUUCUAAUUGCUGGCCACCUGUAUUAUCUGGGGGGAUCAGCCCUUGCAUCAUCAUUGAAACACCCCACAAAGAGAUAGGAACAAGCGACUUCUCCAGAUUUACAAAUUACAGAUUUAAAAACCUUUUUAUUAAUCCUUCACCUCUGCCUGAUUUAAGCUGGGGAUGUUCAAACGAUGUUUGGCUAAACAUGUUAAAGAAAGAGUCCCGAUAUGUUCAUGACAAACAUUUUGAAGUUUUGCAUUCUGACUUGGAACCACAGAUGCGUUCGAUACUUCUAGACUGGCUUUUAGAGGUAUGUGAAGUAUACACACUCCACAGGGAAACAUUUUACCUUGCGCAAGACUUUUUUGAUAGAUUUAUGUUGACACAAAAGGAUAUAAAUAAAAAUAUGCUUCAACUCAUUGGAAUUACCUCACUCUUCAUUGCUUCCAAACUUGAGGAAAUCUACGCUCCUAAGAUCCAAGAGUUUGCCUAUGUCACGGAUGGUGCUUGCAGUGAAGAGGACAUCUUAAAGAUGGAACUCAUCAUAUUAAAGGCUUUAAAAUGGGAACUUUGUCCUGUAACAAUCAUCUCCUGGCUAAAUCUCUUCCUCCAAGUUGAUGCUCUUAAAGAUGCUCCUAAAGUUCUUCUACCUCAGUAUUCUCAGGAAAAGUUCAUCCAGAUAGCUCAGCUCUUAGAUCUGUGUAUUCUAGCCACUGACUCGUUAGAGUUCCAGUACAGAGUCCUGGCGGCCGCUGCCUUGUGCCAUUUUACCUCUGUUGAAGUUGUUAAGAAAGCCUCAGGUUUGGAAUGGGACAGCAUUUCUGAAUGUGUAGAUUGGAUGGUGCCUUUUGUCAGUGUAGUAAAAAGUUCUAGUCCAGUGAAGCUGAAGAUGUUUAAGAAGAUUCCUAUGGAAGACAGACACAAUAUCCAGACACAUACAAAUUACCUGACUAUGUUGGAUGAAGUCAAUUACGUAAACGCCUUCAGGAAGGGGGGACAGCUGUCACCAGUGUGCAACGGAGGCAUCAUGACACCACCAAAGAGCACUGAAAAACCACCAGGAAAACACUAAAGACGUUAACUAAGCAGACAAGUGCUGAGUUUUGGGUAGAAUUUCAUUGAAAUGAACUACUAAAGUUUUACAGGAAAAUAAUUGCUAUGACUGUCCUAGCCAAUUCAGAAGUUUCAAUGCCAUUCUUUGAUUUUAAAAAAACACUUAAAAUUGGCACUAAGAAAUUUAUUUCAUUCCUAUGUCAGCUGUUUGAAGAAACAGCAGGACUUGUUUACAAGGAUGAAUUCAUUCCCCAGGUG